CAGAGUAAUGAAUUGCCUACUGCUGUUACUUUUUGUGCUCUCACUGGGAGCUGCUCAGAAGAGCGCGAGACAGACUGCGGAGUGGGACUACAAAACUGAAGCUGACAAAGUGAACUUGAGAGGAUGUGCCAAUCUCACUUUAGUCUUGGAUAACUGGAAAUAUGCCAUCAUGACCCAAGUCAAAGACCUCCUUCUGAAUGAUCAUAACACAGUACUACCAGAUUAUGGAAGGAUUCAGCCAUUAUCUGCAGCUCUGAAUGACCUGUACAAGGAGUUUAACUCCUUGAAAGAGAGACUGGCGGAGCUGACCACAAAGUUUGAGGGAAUAGAGUUGUUUGUGGAUGAAGCGCGAUCCGGCAGGAGUCACUCACCUCCUCGAGCGGAGCGUCCACCUCCUGAAGGAGAGGGAAACCCGUCUGAGCCUGGGACAAGACAGGGACGAAGGAGCAGGGUGGUGGUGCGGAGAAUUAAGAAACCUGAUAAUUCACAAGUUUAGAACCGAUUCAGCUGUCUUUCAUACGCAUAAGACCGGAUCUAUUGCACAUUAGUAAUCCUGUUGAUUUUUGAUUAUUUAAAAAAAAAAAAAAUCAAGUGGUUGUCUACAUUUAUGUCUUAUGUUUAAAUCAGGUGGAAAAAGUAACAAUUCUGGAGCAUUUAAAUGUGAUACACAAUGGGUCAAGCUUUUUUUUUUUUUUUUUUUUUUUUUUUGCUGCUUUUUUUAUUCGUUAAAAUUAUUUUUACAUAACGUAAUGAGCGAUGGCAGCUUCUUAUAUCAUCUCAUCAAACGCAUUUGCUGUAUUAUUUUUCGUAUAUUCUGUUGUACUGUUCAGUUUCCAUGUUUUCAAGUUGUGAAUGCAUUUUCCAGCGUUAGGCCAUUAAAUAAUUUAGAGACCAUUCUUACGGUGGUCUGUGGUGUUUUAGAAAGAAAGCAAAAUACGCCUGCUUCUUUGCAAACGCUGUUUGGUUGAUAAACGAUUCACAUUAUGCGUUGAAUUGACUUAUAAAUAUUAAUUAAUUAAUUUACGUGUCGUCCAGCCAAGUAGGUGGUAGACCUACCUGACGUCAGCGAAGUUUAAUUAAUAUUCAUAAGACAAGUAUUCUCCAUGCUAUUUAUAAACUAGUGGUUCAAACAUACUGUACUUUAUUCAGUAAUAUCUAUUACGUUUUCCUAAAAUUAGUUAAAUACACACUUAGCAUAAUGCAGUUUAGCAUUUAGCUUCUUUUUUUGUUUUUGUUUUUGGUCACUGACGCAAUCACUGUCGGUUAUAUUUUGAUUCUUUCACAUUCUGUCAAGGUAAGUCAGCAGAUUUUUUUUUACUUUAAUCUUCCAUUUAAUUUUUUUUUCUUGAUAAUUACAGAAUAAUUUAUUUGCCUUUCAGCUGUAAUUCCUGCCUGUUUGCCAUUGUUUACUGAGUAGCGUUAACCGCAGACUCUUUGAAACUUGAAGGAGCAACUGAUUUUCAACUUUCGUUUCUCUUUCAAAAUGGACGUCGAUCACUCUUGUGACUUUUCAGAAAGUGCUGGGGAGCUUGAUGACAGUCAACCAGAUCCUGCUCUUCAAGAGAUCAGUGGAUCUGAUGUAAACACAGAAUUCAGCAAGGAUAUGGCAGAGGUGAGCACAAUGACUUCAUUUGAAAUAGUGUCACAAGGAAUAAACCAUGUAGAAGGAGGAUGGGCAAAAAUGGUCAAUGCAAACGACCCAGAGGUGACUGCCCGCUACAAGAAGAAGUAUCUGAAGGAUGAGGACUCUCAGCACAUGGUUAUGGAGACUGCCAGCGUCAUGGAACACUGCAACCAGUGUAAAGAAGCUGAAUAUUGUUUCCCAGAUUUAAAAAAUGAGAAGGUGGUGGAGGAAAUGGAGUACGAGCCAUCAGCAAGGAUCAUCGGUAUGUUGAGAGAUCCAAAUAAAGUAAAACGCACCGCUACCAGUUUGUCCUGGCACCCGCUUGAUUGUCAUAAACUAGCCGUUGCUUACUCUUGCCUGGAAUUUCAAAGGGCGCCCAAAAAUAUGAGCUUUGACUCCUACAUAUGGAACAUUGAAAUUUGCAAUAAACCGAACAUGUCUCUGAAACCUAUAUCUCCGCUUGUUUGCCUGGAGUACAACCACAAAGAUACUCACAUCCUUGUUGGGGGAAGCUACAAUGGACAGAUCGGCUAUUGGGACACUCGGAGUGGCAGCCAGCCAGUACAAAUGUCUGCCACUGAGCAUAGCCAUAAGGAUCCUGUCUACAAGGUUAUCUGGCUGCCAACAAAGAUAGGCAAUGAAGUUUUCUCAGCUUCUACAGAUGGUCAGGUACUGUUCUGGGACAUUCGGAAUAUGAAUGAGCCCACCAAGCGACUCGUGCUGGAUCCCAGUAAGAAGGGUAACCGUGAAAAUGCCUUUGGUGCAGUCUCAAUGGAGUUUGAAAAUAGUAUGGCCAAGUUUCUGGUGGGCACAGAGCAAGGAUUUGUGGUCUCAUGCAAUCGCAAGUUAGAGACCACAGAUGAUCCAAUUGUAUGCAUGUACAGGGGACACCAUGGUCCCAUUUAUGCCCUCCAGAGGAACCCCUUCUUUCCGAAGAACUUCUUGACCGUUGCUGAUUGGACCGCCCGCAUUUGGUCAGAGGAUAUCAAAGAGUCCUCCAUCAUUUCAUCCAAAUAUCACACAACCUAUCUCUUAGAUGGCUGUUGGAGUCCAGUCAAACCCUCUGUCUUCUUUACGGUGAAGAUGGACGGCACCUUGGACGUGUGGGACAUACUGUUUAAACAGAAGGACCCCAUUCUCAGUCUGAAAGUUUGUGAUGAAGCUCUGUACAGUAUCCUUGUACGAGAUAAAGACUCUUUGGUGUGCUGUGGAUCUCAGCUGGGAACCGUCAGACUGCUGAAGAUGUCACCAGACCUGUGUACUCUGCAGAAGAACGAGAAAUCCCUGGUCUCAGAAAUAUUUGAACGUGAGACCAAGAGAGAGAAGAUUCUGGAAGGUCAGUACAGAGAGAGGCAUCAAAUGAAAUAUAGCUCGUUCGUAGAGGAUGAGGGAGGAAAAGAUGACAUGAAGGAACUUCUGGCCUGUAUAGAGAGAGAGUUUUUUGAGACUGUGGAAGCUGAGAUGAAGAAAGGUCAGGUUUAACAUGGGUUCCACUUUUAAUACGAUUUUAAGCUUAACUGUUUGACUGUCAGGCAUGUUAUGAUUUUGACAUGAAUCAGUAUGUUAAUACUCACUGGUAUACCAGCCAGUCAACAUAAGAAUUGUAGUUUGUUGGAUUUUAAUCUAUGGUUUCUAAAGUUGUUUCUUGUCCCCAUGCAGAAAAGUAGUCUUUGUAAAGGCAUCCAAGAAGAACAUCGUUCCUAAUGAUGCCAAAUAAGAAAGCUUCUCCAAUUGCAUACAGACAAGUAAAUUGAAAAAAUCUUCCAAGAUUGUUGCCCCCACCUAAUUUAUUUUUUAAAGAUUUAACUUGAGCAUAAACCAUAAUACAUAAGCCAAGUAAGUAUCAGUUGAAGACAUGCUUGAAAAUUAAAUGUGAAAUAUGACGUGUCUUUUAUUGUUAAAAUGAAUGUGUAAGUUAUUGUCAUUUUACGACAUACAUAAAUACCCCUGAAUGGAUGUAUAAACAACAUUAAA